CGCAUGGAGGCUCUUGAGGCCUUCCGAGAUGGAAAAGUAGACUUCCUCUUAGCUACCAAUUUGGCAUCGCGAGGUUUGGACAUAAAAGGCAUUGAAACUGUUAUCAACUACGAUAUGCCACAAAGUUAUGAGCAUUAUAUACAUCGUGUCGGCCGAACGGCUCGUGCAGGACGUGGCGGACGAUCAGUAACUUUCACAGGAGAAGCAGAUCGCAAGAUUUUAAAAAUGGUGAUUAAACAUGCAGCUAAGGGUCAAAUUAGAAGGCGUAAUAUCGAUGCAGAAAUUGUUUCAAAAUAUCGCGAAAAGUUUGAUAAAUUAAAAAAUCAAAUUAAAGAAGUCAUUGUAGAAGAAAAAGAAGAAAAAGCUAUACGGCUUGCGGAAAUGGAAAUACAAAAAAAUAAAAAUCUUUUGGAGCAUGAAAAGGAAAUAUUUAGUAAGCCUGCUCGGACUUGGUUUCAGUCCAAACAAGAGAAACAAAAAUCUAAACUUGCUGCAAAAGAACAAUCUAAUAGUAAUGUCGAAACUUCAGAAACAAACAAAAAGCGAAAACGAGAAAAAACUGUAAAAUUAAAAUCAAAGCGUGACAAACGUGCUAAAAAAUCAAAAUCAAAACGUUAG